AUGGCGGGCGGGUCGAGGCGCGUGCUGGGGCUGCGCCUGACGCUGGCGUUGGUAUUGGGGGCGUUGGUGCCAAGGGCGCCCGGGGAGGAAGCGGUGGUGGUAACGGAUGCUCUUGGGAAUUUGUACAUCAACAGUUCUCAGGAGCAUGGGGGUCAGGUGUUUGUCAAUGGCGUCAAUGUGGACGAGCUGCACGCGCUGGUCAAUGCCAUGUCUCAGGUUGUGACCACGCAGGCGCGUUUGAUUGAUGCUCUCACUCCGUGUGCCGAUGGAACUUUUCUGGCUCAAGGCGAAACAGUCAGCAGCGCGCGCUUGUGCUCGCCCUGCACCCAAGCCUGUCCUGAGAACCAAUGGCUGGCCUCGCCUUGCACCGGGCUGCGUAACGCCCGGUGUGAGCCGUGUACUGCCUGCGACCCGAACAGCGAGUACGAAGCGCACGCUUGUACAACGCACAGCGACACGGUAUGCCUCAGCUGCACCGAUUGUCUUGAAGACCAGGCGCUUGAGCCUUGCUCGGCCAGGGCGGACACCAUCUGCCGGCCUCGCAACUGGGGCUUCAGCCUCGACCUCGAAGCGCCGCUGGCCUGGAGCAGUGGGAACAGUGUGUACCACAGCCUGCACGGGUUUGAGCCAGCGGCGUCGGGCCAACGGCACGCCACAUUUAUUCGCGCAGAAACCAGCUUUAACGGCUCAACCGCCACGACUGCUGCCAGUCUCGGCUACUACCUUAUUGCGUUCAACAUCCGCCUCGAAAACCUCACCAACGGCUGGUUUCAAGUCGGGGUGCACGUCAACAAUGGCAUAAGCUUUAGCAGCAAUGGAUUGAGUGUGGCCCAUGGGUCCGCAGAGAUUGCCGCGCGAACAUUCACCUCGAUCGGCAUUGUUCGCUUGGCCCCGAACACCCCCUUUUAUGUGGGGGUUUACGCGAUCAACGAUCCGGAAUUUGUGGUUGGUCUCGGCUCUGGCUUGGCGGCCUAUCGGGUGCAGCCUACCGAGGGCUUUUAUGCCAUGCUGACCGAGGAAAAUUUCAUCAAUGUUACCGGUGAAGCCUAUCCCAUUACCGGCUGGUCUGCGGCGUCACCCAACAGUGCCACGACCUUUGUUUUUGGAGGUGAGCUGCAGGACUCUGUCUACACUGCCAAGGAAAGUGGUGUCUUUCUUGUGACGCUGUCCAUGAUGUUUGACAAUCGGUUGCGGGCAAGCGAUGACCAAGAUGCUGAUCCAUGGGCCGCCGACUUUGAUCGGCUGCUCGUAAUUGUGAACGAGCACGCCACCCACAAAACCCCCUUGCAGGCCAUUCGCAGCUGGCCCUAUCCACACGAGUUUGAGUCUGUCACCUUUUCCGCCCUGGUGUUUCUGCAGGCUGGCGACCAGAUGCGAGCCGGCGGCUACAGCCACUCGACUCGCUCCUUUUCCUUUCUACCUCACUCCCACUUUUCUGCCGCGCGGCUCGAGCCGAGCCUGGCCUUUUGCGCCUUGAAGUUGAGCACCAGCGCCUCGUCCACCUCGGAGGCUUUUGAAGUGACGGGCUGGUCAGACUUGACGGAUAGCUCUGGCCUGUGUUUUGAUCGCGGUGGCGCCUUCAACGGUACUUCGGGACGCUUCUUUGCCCUGAAGGCAGGGUUUUAUUACGCCACGGCCACCAUCCGGUUAGACAACCUGAUGAAUGCCUCGCAUGCAACUGUCUCCAUCCGCUCAAGUGCCGACAGCAACGCGUCGUCACAUGAGGCCAGUGGACUCUCUGCGGUGCGCACCCCCUUUGGUGGCCUUAACCUUCGCGUCGAGUCGGUCAGCGUUGCCGGACUGCUUUACCUUGAUGAAGGCGAUUAUGCCUCGGUCUGGGUCCAUGUCCAAGGCACGCAACUCGCCUUCGAGGUCAAUCAAGAAAGCAGCUUCAGCAUGGCGCUGAUUGACUAG